UGAGAUCUUGGGGUAUUUGAGUAUCGUGCGCUGACAUCAAAGUGCAGGAUCUUAGAGGCAGAAUGAACUUCAACAAAGUAGGCAUCUUACAACAGCAAGAGAAGAAGACUUUGGAUGAGCUGCACAACACCCGGAAGAUGGAAAAGGACAGAAGAGAUAUGAAAGCUUCAAAGAUUGAAAAGAGGCAGGCUGAUGCUGACUGGCAAACUGCAAAAGAAGUGAUAACGGAGUUCUGGAAUUUGAAGGUGGUUGAACCUAUUGAACAGAUAACUGGUACUUUUCUAUCAUGCUUGUACGAAACCUCUGAAUAUCAUUCAGGUAUCAAUCAUUGUGUACCAAGCCAUAGCAAAGAGGACAAAUAUUACGAUGAAGAUUGCGAUGAUGAAGACGAAGUCGAGCAUGGAUCGCAGAGUCAGCAAUCUUAAGCUUCAAACGAUGUGCGUUUGCUUUUGUACAGAUUAACUUAUCCAUGGAGCUACGACAUGUAUCGAGCAACCAAAUGUGUAUCACGUCUGUAUUUACAACGGAAUUCUAUCGUUAACUAUGGCUACAUCCACGUACAC